AUGUCAGAGUAUGAAACGCGCCCGCACGUCUCGGGGCUGAAGCGCAAGGCCCUGGUCGGCGUCGAGUACGUCCCUAAGAAGGAGGACAUGGCGGAGGGGCCGUUCGUGUGCAGGCUGGGCGCCACCGGGGGAUUGCCCCCGCCCGGCACCGAGUUUCGCGCGUGGCGGAAGAACCUCCCGUACCGCGGUCACAUGAUGCUCCUCCGCGGCCGCACCGACGGCGUGGACUACAUCGGCGCCAAUCACGCCCCGCUGGGGCACUACCCCGCGGGGGACGCCUGCAAGUACCUCCUCGGUAAGCUGGUGCCGGUGGGGAAGGGGAAGGGCGGCGGCGGCGGCGGUGGGGACGACGACGCCGUGGAGUACGAGCUCAAGCUGAUGCCCGUGGGCGGCUCCCGCGUCAUCGACCUGGAGUGCCGAUGCCACGCGCUGGACUACAACGAGCCCGAGUGGGACGGAGCGGAGGACCUCAACGACUACCAGGUCCGCGCCGCGCACAACGCGCGGCUCCUCAAAGCCUUCGCGUCCGCGAAGCAGCAGAGGAAGGUUGCGAAGAUCAUGGCCGAGCGCAGGGUCGACGGCAACACCAUCGCCGCCCCGGACGCGAUGGAGGCCACGUUGAAGCGCGCCACCGAGGGCGAGAUGGACGCGUCGCAGCUGUCCAAACUCGCGGGGGAACGAAGGAACAUCCCCGAGCACAACCCUUCGGCGACGAACGCCAUCGACGCGUACCCGUUCAAUCUGUUCCCGAUGUUUGCGCUGCUGGAGAAGCGGACCAAGUGGAAGGAGAUGGUCAAGGCCGCGAAGAAGCCCAGCGCGAUGAAGGAGCUGAGGGACGGCGGCGGCGUCGACGACUUCAUCCUCGGGCUCGUUCCGAAGCUCGCCGAGCACUCGGGCGGCGCGACCGAUCGCGAGGAGAACGACCGGCAGAAGACGCGAGCCAAGGCGCUCGCCGCGCUGGAUUUCCUCCUCGUCUUUCUCCACGCCAAGGACCACAUCUCGGAGAAGCGCGAGCGGCGCAAGGACGUCGAGGGAGACGACGACGACGCGUACACCGGGAACAAGUACCUGUCGUGGACCACGCGGGAGCGCGUGGACGCCGGGAUCCAGCGCGCGUGCGUCGACGCGUUCAUGGAGGAGCAGCACUCCGGCGGGACGGCGACGGCUGGCGGUGUCGCGCCCGGCCCCGACGAACCCAGGCGAUUCUCGCGCCCCAAGGCGAUGAAGGACCUCGUCUGCCUCCACGUCAUCCUCAUGGCGCUCAGGGUGUGCAACUACGACGUGGACCUGGACGCGUUGGGGGCGAGGAUGAAGAUGGGCGUCAAGGCGCUCGCGCCCCUGUGCCGAGAGCUGGGAUGCGCGGUGAAGAAGAGCGCUGGGAAGAAGAGCGACGGGGGCGGGGUGACGCGGGCGACGCUGCCGCUGGACGGCACCAAGACGCUCCAGGACGUGCUCCCGGAGAUCAAACGACGGCUCAAGGCUGCGAAGAAGAGGGACUGA